AUGAAUCCGACUCCCGAGUUGAUCAGGGAGAUCGAAGACGCCUGCGAGCAGCUCAGUGCGGGAGUGGGCGCGGGGAGAGUCGCGGCAGAGAAUUUCCUGGUCAACGUGCGCAAGGCUGAGAACUCCCUGCAGCUCGCUCGUCAAGUUCUGGAAUCGUCGCAGCGAGACAGCGCCUGCUUCCAAGCGGCAUGCAUGCUCAAAGAAGGAGUUCUUCGUGAUUGGAGCAAACUCACAGCGGAUGAUAGGAGAGAGAUGAAGUCCUACGUCUUGCAGUAUGUAAUCCAAAAGAAGUUGUCCAUGAAACACUUCGUUCGUCAUCAGCUCCUGCAAGCGGUGGCGAUUAUGGUGAAGCGAGGAUGGUUCGAAGAAGCCCCGGAGUACUUCAACGAGAUGAUGACGUACGUGCACACUCUAGUGGGGGAGGAAGGUACCAGAGACUGCGGCAUCUUCCUCAUGCGAGCUCUACUGGAUGAGUUCUCUUCGAGCAACAGGAGUGUGGUGGGGCUGACGUGGGAGAUUCAUCAUCAGUGCCAGCAGCGGUUCCAUGCCGAAGGGCACCUCAAGACCUUCUUCACGCUUGCCAUGUCCAUGAUCGCAGCCAGUCUCGACUUCCUCAAGCACCACCAGAAGGACAUCGACGCUCUCACGAGCUCGAGCGGGUCCCACCACUGGCUCAUCCACUGCGUCGAAGUGAUCAACCAGAGUCUCAACUGGGACUUCACGGACGCGCAGGCCAAGGGAGGGGUGGUGGGUUCAUUCGCCCCCUCCCUCAAUGGGCGGAAUGACGUCAUCACGCCCGGCGCUGCCUGGCGCGACGUCUUCGUGCAGGGGUCGACCUUGGACCUCUUCUACUCGCUCUACGCGACGUGCCGUGGGUCCUCGAACAUGGCACACGUGGCGCGUCAGUGCCUGGUGGAUCUGGCGGCGAUCCGAGGAGACGUCUUCCCGGACGAUGCUUCCCGCACCAUGUACCUGGAUCACUCGCUCAACUCGAUCCUCGCGCUCAUCUCGGCUCACAGCAACGACUCCGAGUUCGUCGACGUUGCCCUUAUCCUCCUCCGCCUUGUGCGGAACUUCCAGGCAAGCACGCUGGUCCGUUCCAGCCAUGCGCAACAGCAUCUGAGCGCUAUGGGCGAGUUCACUUGCAUGCUAAUGAGCCGUCGUUCCUCGUUGGGAGAUGGAUGGGCAGCGGAGGCUCUGGACCACAUGCUCGAGCUCUGGUGCGGGCUCUCUGUUGCCAUUCUCCACCAGGAUGACGAUCGGUGCCACAUGGAGGCGAUCGGCGGCUUCACUGCCAAGAUCUUCAGCUGCUUCGUGGAGAAAUGUAUGCACGAGGCCUCGCAGGAGGUGCAGGAGUGGGACCAGGCGGACGACGAGCACGAGGACAAGAGCGUGCUGGAAGAGAGACUGACGGCCAUCGGAUGUAUCGGGAGGCUCAAGGUGGGCGAGGGGAUGCAGCAGCUCGUGGAGAUGCUGGCGCAGCGGCUGGAGGCGAUCCGGUCGGUGGUGACGGACGGAAGGGAGCUCCCUGCCAUGCAGGCGUCGGUGGCGCUGGAGCAGAUCCACUGGCUGGUUCAGAUCGCGGGGCAUCUGAUCGCUGACGACGGGGAGGGAGAAGUCCCGGUGGUGCCGGAGGUCAUCUCAAGACUCUCGUCCGAGCUGGCGGCCAGGAACAUGAGCACCGAGGACCCGUUGAUCCUCCUGACCAACAAGGUGGUGGACAUGUCGAACCUGCUGGACUUCUGCAGAGAGAGGAAGAGGAAGGAGUUCCUCUCCCCCUUGGUCGUCCAGACUAGCACCUGGUACCUCUCCCGAUGGUCGCAGACUUAUUUGCUCCCUGCUCCCUCCGACCGCUUCCCGCUCAGCCCGUCGCUCCAGCAGCACUACGGGCCGGGAGAGGGAGCGACUUCUGUCCUCUCCUUCCUCAUCGACCGCUCGCUCUCCAACUUCUCGUCCUGGGGCUCGGAGGAGGACGUCGUCAACGCCACCUCCCAGCUCGUCCUCGCCUUGGCCAUGCGCAAACCCGUCGCCAAGCUGCUCCUGGGCACCCCCGGCUGGUCUGCACUGUCACAGAUGAUGCCGAACCAGCUGGCCAAGAGCCCGGGCAGUAAGUGGCUGAACCCAGCGGCGCUCUCUCCUGUCAUGCAGGCGCUCUGCUGCAGCGUGACGGCGGUGGAGGUGCAGGAGCAGCGCUCGAUCCUCCUCCGUGACCUCAUCGGCCCCAUCGCCCAGCAGACUUGCGUAUUACUCGAGCACGAGAUGUCCAGCAAGGUGCCUAGCUGCAAUGCCUCGGAGGUUCUGCUGCGGGCGGCGAGGAUGCUGCACGGAGCAUGCAAGUCGGCAGAUUUCUACACGUACGACUCGAUCUUCGAGCUCGUCAUCCCGGUCGUCGAGCGACUGCCGGUCGCGCUGCACGCGCUUAGGGAGCAUAGCCACGUCACCGAGUCGAUCCUCCUCCUCUUCGUGGUCAUCGGGGAGGUUCAAGUCUCCUUCCUCUCCGGACAGCAGAUGCGGAUGUUCAACCAGGCCUGCCUCCACCUCCUCCAGACCUUCACCAAGAUCGAGGCGCACGGGAGGAGGGGAAGCGGGGAGCUGCAGGAGGCUGACUGCGAGUGGCUGCGCGACCACAUGCUGUCCCUCCUUCAGCUCCUCCUCCACUUGGCGAGGAAGGACGUAGUGGACUUCUCCAACGAGGUAAGGGGGGAGGAGAUGGACGUGGCAGACGUCGUCCUGUUCGGCCUCAGCCUCCUCCAGCCGCUGAUCACGCCGGAGAGCUUGCAGUAUCCCGCCAUCUCAAAGGAGUUCUUCUCGCUCCUCGGGUGGCUCAUCGAGUCCUACCCGCACAAAGUCUCUGUCAUGGACAGGAACAUGCUCGACCCCAUUGUCGCCUGCCUCCACCACGGCCUCCAGCAGGCUGACUCGGACACAGCUCGCGCCAGCUCGGAGGCGAUCGAUGCGCUGGCAACCUACCAGAUCAGCACAAUGAGGGAGGGAGGAAGCUAUCUGCUCAAGGAGAAGCACCCGGAUGCCCUCGGCCUCUUCCUGCAGGCGCUGCUGGAGAUGCUGCUCUUCAAGCAGUUCAACCGAACCGUCCUCGACUCCUCCUGCGACGCGCUCCUCUCCCUCCUCUGCUGUGAGCAGGCGAAGUUUGGCGAGCUCAUGACUCAAGUCAUCAACAGCCAGGUGCUUGAGUCCAACAGGACGCGAGUAGGGGAGGCGACGCAGGAGCUGAUCCGGCAAGUGACCACAGCAGGUCCUGCCGUCCAACGAGCUGCCAAGUUGCAAUUUCGGUCGCACAUGCGAAAGUUCCUGGGGUCAAUCAGGCCGUUCCUAGUCACCAUUUGA